UCUUUCUCUCUCUCUCUUUCACACACAUACAUACACACACGCUCACACACACACACACACACACACACACACACACACACUGCACUGAUCAGUUCACAGUCACACACGUGUUAAUGUCGAGCUCUGAUCUGGACUGGGAGACAAGACAGAAGAAGCCAGAAAUAUACAGGAACACACACAGGAAAAGAGCAAGACAGAUGCGCCCUUUAUCAGUGAGAGUGAGACAGGUCACAUAUGAAGCUGACGAAGAGACGCGGUGAACACAUUUAUUUACGUUUCUCCUUAUCCUGGUUUUUCUCUAAAACAACUUAAAGUACUGUCUGAGCUCAGUCUUUCUCAUGGCAUCAGUGAGACCCUUCUGUUACCCAACACCACAGAGAGAGAGAGAGAGAGAGAGAGAGAGAGUGUGUAAAGAAGUAGAGGAAGUGUGAACAGCGUAAACAAGAUGAUGGAGACACUGUCAGAGGGAGGAACAAGGGAGAGAUUACAACAGAUGCAGAGAAAAAAGAAGAGACCAAAUUACAGAUAACGGGGGGGGGGGGUAUUAUGGAGUGAAAAAACACUGAGCUGGGAAAAAACAUGAUUUAUCCACUCCUUUAUUUCCACCUGUCUCACUCUCUUUUGGUUUCUCUUUAUAUCUCUCUCUCUCUGUCUCUCUCCCCCUCUCUCUCUCUCUCCCUCUCUCUCUGUCUCUGUCUCUUCCUGCCUGUAUCUUUCUCUUUCAUGUGUCUUCAUGUAGAAUGGGAUUAAUUAUAGCUUUCAUUAUAAACUGUUGUGUAAAAGGUGUGUGUGAGUAAACACACAGCUCACUGAAGUACACACACACACACACACACAUUCUGGAGGUUUGUGUUUUUUAUCUGAGUAAAAUAACCUGCUGUUUGUUCUGUUGAUCUGGUGUAAUGGAAGUGUAACAGAUCAUCAUAAUCCAAAAGACUAAUUACAAACAGUUUACUGAAAACUCUCAGUCUGCAGCAGCAUCGGCCCUGAACCUCUGGCACUUGUUAAAAAAGUCAUGUGUGUUAUAUCAUGUCUCUAUUUCCUGUUUUCUCACUGCUCCACACUGUCUCACUGUCUUUCUCUCGCCAUUUCUGUCCCACUACACCCUUAAAUGUCCCUCUCUCAGUGGCUGUAAAUGGAGCAGGUUUGUGUGUGUGUGUGUGUGUGUGUGUGUCAUCUGAUCCCUGUGUUUCUGUGCUGAUGGCGCAGUGUUUUGUUAGGAGACUUUUUGAAGUUUCUCAAUCUUCAGCACCUGAAUAAAGUCUCAGAGUUCCUCUUCACUGCAACCUUUAAGAACUGGAGGAUCAAAAUCAAACCUCCUCGGGGGAUUGGCUGAUGUAAUAAUAAUGAGUGUGUUGUGGAGUGUGUAUCUGGCUGUGACGCUCGUCUCACACACACUCUGCACUCUGUCACCUGAAAAUGAAGUACCACUGCACACAUCUACCUGGCUGAGUGAUGACAAGAACACACCUGUGCACCUGAGUAAAGGACACACACAAAGGCUCCAUUUUACACUGAGGAAGAAGACCACAGCUCUGAUGCUCACAGUGUCUCCAUGCUUGGGAAGUGUUGAGUGGCAUCUGACCGCACAAACACUGAAGGACAAACCAGCCAAGGAUCAUUACUGGAGCUUUAAGAAGAGUGAGCCUGAAGUGUGGUGGAGAAAAUCAGCUAAUGAGAAGACACUUCACACCUACUCGGGCAGUGCUGUGGACACUUACGAGGGUCCUGCACUUCACCCAGUCUCCAUCUACACACUGCAGAUUAAAUCGACGCAGGGCGACACACAGGCACAUAUUUACCUCCAUGAAGGACCUGCACCAUGGGGGUUGUUUCCAGAGUUGCCCUUUGACCCCAGAGUGCACUUGCUAGGGGUCGGGAUGAGCAGUGUGACACUGACCUGGAACCCAAGUCCAUCUGUCCUCAAAGAGCAACACACACACACACACACACGGCUGUACAAAUACUGCGUUACCGUGAACCGCAAACACAACUACAGGAGUCUGUGUGCCGCACAAGAGGAGAACAGAAGAACGAAAGACGAAUGGAAGAAAAGAGCAGUGUGUGUCUGUGAGGAGAUGGAAAGUGUGUGUACCAUCUCUGAUCUUCUCCCAAACACACUCUAUUACUUUGAUGUGUUUGUGACCGACAGAAUGAACGGCACCAGUGCAGCAUACACAGGAACUGCUGCACACACGCAUGUAGAAUCACGCACACACACAGAACCACACACACAUAGAGACCCACACGCACAAAAAGAACCACACAUACAUAGCGUGAGUCAGCUGAGAGAGGGGCAGGUGCAGUGGGUCACACUGAGUUCCAGGGCAGCUGAGAGGCGGGGUUUCCGUUUCCGUCCCCGUGGUGGGCAGAAGAAAGGCCUGCUCACACUGCUGAGCUGCAACGACGCACACACACACACACUCUCUGUUUCGGUCUCGGCCCAAGGAAACGAGCUGACGUCACAGGAAGUAGGAGAUGGGCUGGUCCAGAUGUGGCUGCAGGGGUUCUCCUCCUACCUGAUCCAGCUCCGACUCUCUGCUUCACACACACACGCUGCAGAGAAAGAGACUCUGUGUGUGAAAAUGCAGGCAUCAUCUGCAUUCCACCGCAGGGAAGCGCCGGCGCUGCCACACACACUGCACAUCAAGAGCUUUAACACACUGCGCACCUGCAGCUCCGUUACACUCGCAUGGAUGGGAACUGAGGAACGAGGACUGUAUUGUCUCUACAGACGCAGAGCAGACAUACAGAGUGAGACAGGUGGAGACAGUGUGAAACGGGCCAGACACAGGUGUGAGACAGGUGGAGACCGAGGGUUAUGGGGUGGACCAAGAAGUGAGACAGGUCAAGAUGUAAUGAUGCGCAGUGACCAGAAGCGCAAGACAGGUCGAAUCCGAACGAAACAUCAUGAACGAAUGAGUGACACAGACCGUUGCUUAGCACCAGAGUCCCGUCCUCCUGAUCAGCGUGUGCUCUGUAAAUACUUCCAGGAACUUGAUGCUCGCCGUGCUGUUACUACGGCAACAGUAAGUGGGCUGGAGCCGGAAACACUGUACACUUUUGAUAUAUAUCUGAUGAGACGUUGGGCGCUUCCUGUUAAAUACCACAGCAAGACAGUGAGGACCAGGAGAGACUGCUGAGCACUACACACACACACACACACACACACUGAAUACACACCAGCAAAAUCCCACUGACCAAUCACCAGUCACAUGGCCACUGUUGCUGUUAUAAUGGUGUGUUUAUUAACAUUGUCACAGGACUGUAUCAAACACACUGCAAUAUCACAACUGUCUUUACCUACAGAGAGAGAGAGACAGGAAGUCUUAAACAGAGACUGAAGGAGAAGUGAGUUUUAAUAAAAGCAGGAGACAAAAAGACAGGAAGAGAAAAAAAACUGACAGAGAGACAGGUAUAUAGAGAGUGAGACUAGUCUGUUCUGCAUGAAAUAACAUGUCUUUACUGUGUUGGUGUUUGUUGUGCUUCAGUUUUAUGCACCAAUAAAAACAGAUCAGAUAACCAA